CACCACUUUCCUGUAUCUACACAGACAGCUCUUGAAAAUGAGCCAACCGUAGAAACCAACACUUACAAUCGUAAUAAUUAUGUGAUUUUUAUUGCAUUUAAGUAAAAAGCUCAGGCAGAGAAAUCUAAAAAUAAUUCGCACAGGAACCAACGUGCGCAGACUUUGUUUCCCCGGACAGGACGGAAAUGCGCGCACAUGCUCGCCGUCUCCUUGGAAACAACAUUACUUCACCAUCCACGGAAGCGGUUGAUUGACAACAUGGACAUCCAGGAACGAAAUGUCGCCUCCCCUCGUCUUCCAGAUGGUCGGAGCUGUUCGGAGAACAUCGUCGACAUGAUUGACGUGGACGAGGAAAACUUCGCCAUAUCCAGUUCCUCAGCUGCAGAUGCCGCUUUUGAUGCUGUUAUUGGCUGCAUAGAGGACAUCAUCAUGGGUGAGUUUCAGCAGCUUCAGCAGAACUUCAUGGAGAAAUACUACCUGGAGUUUGACAACUCUGAUGAGAACAAACUCAGCUACACACCCAUCUUCAAUGAAUAUGUCAAUCUGCUGGAGAAACACCUGGAGCAGCAGAUGAUGGAGAGAAUCCCCGGCUUCAACAUGGACGCGUUCACAGAGCUGCUCGUGCAGCACAAAGAGGAGGUCGCAGGUGACAUCUUUGACAUGCUGCUGACGUUCACGGACUUCCUUGCGUUCAAGGACAUGUUUCUGGAAUACAGAGCUGAAAAGGAGGGCAGAGGUCCCGACCUGAGUCAGGGACUGGUGGUCACACCUCUGAUCACCGCGGGCUCCAAACACACCGACUCCACUGAGUCACAGUGACACUCUGCGGCAACCUGGAUUGCACUGCAGGUUCAACAGGCUACACCCAGUAUACACCCAGUAUACACCCCCUUGUCACGUUGACACUGGAACAAUGAAAAAGUCAAUUUUGGUCUUUAAUUUAACUUAUCAUGUGUCAACAAACCUGUUUGAGUCCAACUGUGGCAAUUUGAAUUGACUAGACGUAGUUUGGAAAAGCGCACACGCCUGUGUUAAUAAUGUCUCACAACUGGCGGCGGACGUAAGGACAGAAGGACACGAAGAUCAAGAAACACUGGGACAACACUGAGUCACAGGGACUGUGAAGGGGGAGUUUCAGCAGCUUCAGCAGAACUAUGGGAGAAAUACUCCCUCCAAUUCUGAUGAGAACAAACUCCGCUACACGCCCAUCUUCAAUGAAUAUGGGAGUUAAAGGAAUAUGACGUACAACUAUCUGAUUCAUGUGUCGUUUUUUAAUUUAAUGGACUGAGUUUUGAACAACGAACUGAACUGAAUAUGACGGUUAUUUUUGGUGUGAACCGAAACAAACAAGUGAGAGUGGAAUUAUGAGUUGGAACAUUCUUUUUUUUCUUCCUUUGUUUCUCUGUCGUUUUGUGGACUGUGCGGUUUUUUGUGUUGCUCUUUUGUAUUUACACUAAUCUUGUUUUUCUUCACUCAAAUUGUGGUAUUGUGUUUUUUUUGCUGACACCUCAACCAGAACUGGUCAUACAGUGUAAAAGGGUAUAUAUAUAUAUAUAUAUAUAUAUAUAUAUAUAUAUAUAUAUGUAGUAUCUGUGUAUCCUUGUGUGAGGGUUGUGCCUAACAACAAUCUUAAAUGUCAGGACAGAGACCUGGCUGCCACCCCUGUAACAAAAGUCAACCUGUCACGACUCGCUCACUGAAGCCUCCAGGAUUCACUCUGUCUACAUCUACAGACUGUGCACAAAUAGCUCCCAUUGGCAAAGUCAUAUAUGCCUCCCUGUGUGUGUGUGUGUGUGUGUGUGUGUGUGUGUGUGUGUGUGUGUGUGUGUGUGUGUGUGUGUGUGUGUGUGUGUGUGUGUGUGUGAGUGUGAGUGUGUGUGUGUGUGUGUGUGAGAGAGAGAGAGAGAGAGAGAGAGAGACCCCCCUCUGUAGUUACUGGACAUAAAUAUGCACAGAUUUACAAAUGAGUGAGGCCUAAUUCUAAUUUUACGACCUCUUUUGUUCACAUGAUGUUUUUGUUUUUGUGAUUGUAGAUUUAGCAUUUAUGAGUUCUGUCUGGUUGGGGAGUAGGAGCCCAAUAUGUUGGUGCUAGUACCUGGCAAAAUAAUUUCAGGUCAUCUGAUUCUCAUGUUACGGGCAUCAACAGAUCCCUCAGUAAGUACAGAAACCAUUUGAUACGAUUGAAUGUUUGCUCCCUUUGCCUGGUAAGUUGUUGAAAAUAAUAUAGCAUUGCCAAUAUAUGUUUUAUGAAGAUUUAAAUGAUCUGGUCCGUUUGAAAACUCAUUGUAUUGAGUUUUGUGCCUGUGAAAGUAAUUUGUAAUGUUGAUAGUGUGUGUGUGUGUGUGUUUGUGUGUGUGUGUUUGAUGUGUGUGUGUUCAAUCAGAGGCCAGAUCUACCUAGUUUUCAGUGCAACGUCAACGUGUUUUCUACUCGUCUUAAAAAUGACAGUGUCUUUAACUGUAAGAGUGCAUUUAGGUCCCUGCUGAAAAGCUGUCGAUGUCACAUUUUGUUGGUGAUGUCAGCGACGUGGUGUGAGAGAAGGAAUAAAUCAGUCCAACAUG